UAAUGACCGAUACCAAUCUUGAGUUGCCACCAGAGUGAAGGAACAGGUAGAAACGUAGCGGAUAAUUACAGACUAUUCUCUAACGUCACGGGCUCUAUUUCAAAUAAGAUCUAUAAAUCCGCAUGACUGCAGCUGUUGUUGAAUCAUAGUAGAGUAUGGCGUCGCAAGGGGCGUGAUCUUACCCUGCUCCCCCCGGGCCCACCAGGCCACCACACAAGAAAAAAAACAAAAGACAUAGCUGCGUCUUUGUGAAAAAUCUUCAAAUGUAGCUUGCGUAAAUGGGUUCAUAUGUCUUUUCAGUGCCUGUGUUUAUGUUGGCGUAUAUUUAUUGGCGUCUAAAAUAUUGAAUAAUGGGAGAUUUGUAGCGACAUGUAAGGAGUUCGGUGGAUAAAUAGCAGAAAUGCUUUCAAAAGGGAGUUAGUCUGCGUCUAGCAGAGACCGGACGAGCAGUGCAAUGGGUGUGGCUGUGAACUCCUAGUGUAAAUGGCGUUCUUAUGCCUAGCGUUUUAUUUCUAACGCCUACUUUCUAAUCUAAAAAACACCAAGAAGUGACAGUGCUUAUGGAAACCUCGUUAACGGAAAGAUCACGGUGGUGAAUUGUGAAUUAUAGUGAACAAUAUAUGUCGUAGGGGGAGCGUUGAAGUCUCCGUGUGCCGAAUACGUUAUCGUGAUGGCCUCCUCCUCCUCCUUCAGGAUGUGGUGGUGGUGGAUCAACGCCAUUAUUAUUUUCGGGUUCCUCUCCUUGCCCUCUUUAUCCCAAGACCUGGGACGACCCGCCGACGACCCCAGGAGGAUACCGUACGGACAAGAUCAGAGUUGGAGGAGCGUGAUUGGGAACAGAGUCCGUUUACGGGACAAGUACAAUCAUCCAACGCACAUGAUCAUUGCCUCACAAACUCUAAGACCAGGUUCGGUGUAUAGAGUGGUUGUGAGCAUCUUGUACCUCAGGCAUCCUGUCGACGUACGAGCCUCUUUACAGAAGGAUGGAGUGGAAGUUGCUUCAGGGAGACAAGAGGUGAUAGAGGGCUACCCAGAAACAAUGCUUUUGCAGGUGCCAAAAACCAGCGUUGAUGGCCACUACAGACUACGAGUUGAGGGAAACAUCCCUGGGACAAUUGGUGGCACUGUAUUUAUGAAUGACACCAGACUUCAUUUUUCAACUCGAUUCUUGACCAUUCUUAUUCAGACCAAUCGGCCCAUAUACACUGGAGAUCAAGUUGUUAAAUUCCGUAUUAUUCUUCUAACUACCGAGCUCAAGCCUUAUGAUGAUCCAGUGGAUGUUUACAUUUUGGACCCAGAUGGUUAUGUCAUGCGCCGCUGGCCUUCCCGUCCUACCAAUGUUGGUGUGGUUUCCAUGGAGUUUACUCUGCCAUUCCUUCCGAAAGUUGGCUAUUGGGGCAUCAAGGCUUUAGUCAAUGGUCAAGAAGAGAUCAUCCAAUCAAGGUUGAAAAAUGGUACACUCCAAGAUUUUGAAGUAUAA